AGUAGGGGGUGGGGAGAGUCAGCUGAGCAUUACAGAAGGGGAGGAAGCAUCAUCUGAUACAGAGGAAGGAGCCGCGCUGUGUGUGCUGGAAAUUCCUGUUACAGCACGCUCCUUUGCUCUGUAUACCAUGAUCCACAGCCUGUUCCUGAUCAAUCCCUCAGGGGACAUCUUCCUGGAGAAGCACUGGAAAAGUGUGGUGUCCCGUUCAGUCUGUGACUACUUCUUUGAGGCUCAGGAACGGGCAUCAGAAGCAGAGAAUGUGCCUCCAAUCAUCCCUACCCCCCAUCACUACCUGCUCAGCGUAUACAGACAUGCUAUCUUCUUUGUGGCUGUCAUCCAGACAGAGGUGCCACCACUGUUUGCCAUUGAGUUCCUGCACCGUGUAGUGGACACAUUCCAGGAUUAUUUUGGCUCGUGCUCAGAGGCCGUCAUUAAAGAAAACGUGGUGGUUGUCUACGAGGUCCUUGAAGAGAUGUUAGACAAUGGAUUCCCUCUUGCAACUGAGUCCAAUAUCCUGAAGGAACUCAUCAAGCCUCCAACCAUUCUUCGCAGUGUUGUGAACACCAUUACAGGCAGUUCCAAUGUUGGUGACCAGCUUCCAACAGGUCAGCUUUCUGUAGUGCCCUGGAGACGUACGGGAGUGAAAUACACAAAUAACGAAGCCUACUUUGAUGUGAUAGAGGAGAUAGAUGCCAUCAUCGAUAAAUCAGGUUGCACAGUGACCGCUGAGAUUCAGGGAGUGAUUGACGCCUGUGUAAAGCUGAGCGGGAUGCCUGAUCUGACGCUUUCGUUUAUGAAUCCGCGGCUGCUGGAUGAUGUCAGUUUCCACCCCUGUGUGCGUUUUAAGCGUUGGGAAUCGGAGAGGAUUUUAUCAUUCAUCCCUCCCGACGGAAAUUUCCGACUGCUUUCCUACCACGUCAGCGCCCAGAACCUGGUGGCUAUACCUGUGUAUGUCAAACAUGGGAUCAGUUUCCGAGAGGGAAGCAGCUCCGGUCGAUUUGAGGUGACCCUUGGUCCCAAACAGAGCAUGGGAAAAACCGUAGAGGGGGUGACGCUGACCGGGCAAAUGCCCAAGGGUGUCCUGAAUAUGACGCUGACCCCAUCACAAGGGACAUAUGUGUUUGACCCGGUGACCAAGUUGUUGUCGUGGGAUGUGGGAAAGAUCAAUCCCCAGAAGCUACCAAGUCUGAAGGGUACUAUGAUACUCCAGGCAGGAUCCUCAAAACCGGACGAGAACCCAACUCUUAAUUUGCACUUCAAGAUUCAACAGCUGGCCAUCUCAGGUCUGAAAGUCAACAGACUGGACAUGUACGGGGAGAAAUACAAACCUUUCAAAGGCAUCAAAUACAUGACCAAGGCUGGCAAGUUUCAAGUGAGGACAUAGGAGAGCUGGCACCAACGUCCACACACCUGCCUCGGACUCAUUGCUGAUACUCGUAUAGCUGUGUGUGCCCUCACGUGCGUAAAUACACUCUUUUUGUGGGGGAAAUCACUUUUUGUGUGGUCUGGCAACCUGAGCCCCUCUGUUUUUGAACUAAAUCUCCUAUCAUUCUCAGUCGAAAAAAAGGAGCUAGGACCUCGGCUGAAGGGUGGUGAAAGCAAUCAUGUGUGCAGUUUUUGCAGGGCAAGGUGUUAAAAAAAUGUCCUGCAUGUAAAGGGUAUGCUGGUAGCAUGCGUGUAUUAAGCAUGUUCUGUGUACUGGCGUCAUUUUAAGAUUACUGUACACGGCUCUGCUGUAAGCGUGGAAACUACUAAAUAAAUAAUAUGUCUAUUUAU